GAGCUACCCGGCACAGCCUGCUUAGGUUCUUAUCACCCAACGAUUGUCAAUAGAGCUUCAUAACAGACCACCCCAUACCUCGUUGACUGGCUGCUCUUCAUAUUGGAAUUUUUGAGAACUGAAGCUCCAAAACGGCCUCCUGAUUCCACCAUAUCAAUACCUUCAUUAUGUCGGGUGCUACAGUAAGACACGCAAGCAGCUUGGUUUUAGUACACGCAUAUCUGAUCAUUGUAUAGAAUCGAGAGGCGGUUUUUCCCACUCGUCAAUCCCUGGGAUUGAUGAAAUCGAAACUCAAGGGUGCCCAAAUUGGCCAUGACCUGUUAAAGAGAAAGAGUGAAGCUCUCACAAAGUAAAUCCUCCUUCCCAAGCUUCAAACAUAACUGACAACUCUCUGCAGACGUUUCCGAGGUAUUUACUCGCUCUUCAAACAUUAACAACAUAGUUCUCACAUACUGCUCCAGAAAUUACGAGACGAAUCGACGAGGCGAAGCGUAAGAUGGGAAGAGUCAUGCAAAUUGCGGCAUUCUCUCUUGCAGAAGUCACAUAUGCUGUUGGAGGAGAUAUCGGAUACCAAGUCCAGGAGUCCGCCAAAUCUGCCCGUUUCCGUCUGCGAACGAAACAGGAAAAUGUUUCUGGUGUGUUUCUGCCAGCAUUUGAAAGCUAUACAACUGAGGGAAACAACGAUUUUGGGUUGACUGGUCUUGGAAAGGGUGGACAACAAGUACAGCGGUGUCGAGAGACGUAUGCAAGAGCUGUUGAAACUCUGGUCGAACUUGCAAGUUUACAGGUAAUGUCAAGUAAAAGUGGAAAUUUGGAUUUCGACUGACUGGCCAGACUGCGUUCGUCAUUUUAGACGAGGUUAUCAAGGUGGUAAACAGAAGAGGUAAGCGAUCAAAGCCAUUUCUUUCACUAGGUUCAAUAUUGACUUUUCAUUUAGUGAACGCCAUGUUAGUACAUCAAACUUGUAACUCUUCCAGACGAUGCUGAUUAUGUAGCGAGCAUGUGAUUAUUCCAAGAACAGAAAAUACCAUCAAGUGUAAGUCAUACACUCAUUACCCUCGGAUAUCUGCUGACCCUAUGAAGACAUCAACUCUGAAUUAGACGAACUCGACCGAGAAGAGUUUUUCCGUCUGAAGAAGGUAAAAUAACAUUACCAAAUUGCUGAGGGGCAUUUUUUAACAUUGAAAUUAGGUUCAAAAUAAGAAGCAAAGGGAUACUGCUGCACAAGAUGCCGAGAUGAGAGCCAAGCGAGAGGAAGCAGAAAAGAGGGGUGAAAAGGAAGAUGAGAAAGCUGGUGGCGGAGACAUACUUGGUGAUGAGGAAGAUAACGAUGUUAUUUUCUAACGAAAUCAUGAGGUUGAGGAUUCAUCUUUACUUUUGCAUGACACAUCAUGAAAUGAAUAAUGUCACAAGGUAGCAUGUAGUAUUAGCGAGCACAUUUCAGAAGGUAUUCUUCAAUUGAAAUACAUUUUUGG